GUGCUGCCUCUCUCCUUGAUGCCAGCCACGCUCCUCAUCCUCCUCGUCCUCCUCAGCCCCACCGGCACCACCUCUGAGCCAGAGCUGUUGCCAUUCCCAGACAUCCGUCUCGCCAACGGGCCCAGCCGGUGCCAGGGGCGAGUGGAGAUCCUCUACAACGGCUCCUGGGGGACGGUGUGUGAUGACGACUGGGACAUCGUGGAUGCCAACGUGGUGUGUCGCCAGCUGGGCUGCGGCCGUGCCAUCACCCUCCCGGCCGCCAUGACCUUCGGCCAGGGGAGCGGGCCCAUCUUCCUGGACAACGUGGACUGCAAGGGCUGGGAGGCGGCCCUGAGCGAGUGCUGGAGCCACGGCUGGGGCAUCCACAACUGCUACCACUACGAGGAUGUGGCUGUCGUGUGCAACGAGUUCUCACCCACGCAAGUCAGCGAAGGACCGACCAGCAGGACCCUCACGGCCUCGGUACAGGACGGGGAAAGUGACGGCAGCAUCCGCCUGGUGAGCGGCCCCGACACCUGCCAGGGCCGGGUGGAGAUCUUCUACCGCGGGAACUGGGGCACCGUCUGCGACGACGACUGGGGCCUGAGCGACGCCAGCGUGGUCUGCAAGCAGCUGGGCUGUGGGCAAGCCCUGGAUUACAAGAGCAAUGCCUAUUUUGGCUACGGAACAGGACGUAUCCUCCUGGACAACGUCAAUUGCGACGGCAGCGAGCCCUUCCUGUCCGCCUGCUACAGCCUCGGCUGGGGCAUCCAUAACUGCGGCCACCACGAGGAUGCCGGGGUCAUCUGCGCGGGGCUGGACACAUCCACCCUCACAUCAUUCACCACCUCGGUGGCCAUGGACUCCGAGGAGACGCUCACGGCCACGGCCACAGUGACAGACAGCAGGGAGCAGCCCUCUCAGGCCACCGAGGUGGUCACCACCACGCUGCUGACCAUCGAGCAGGAAAGGUGUUGCACCCACGCUCCCCAGGGGUUACCCCAGAACCCGAGGGCUCACCCCACGCCCUUGGAGGGUCAGCAGGGGACGCGGGGCGCCCCGCGGAGCCCCGGCUCCCCCCCGGCGUCGCGCCCCGCAGGUGGCGGCUUGCGGCUGGCGAACGGGAACGGGACGUGCCGCGGGCGGGUGGAGGUGCGGCACCGCGGCACGUGGGGCACCGUCUGCGACGACGACUGGGACUUCCCCGACGCCCAGGUGGUUUGCCGGCAGCUGGGCUGCGGCACCGCCCUCGCCGCCACCGUGCUGGGCUCCUUCGGCUACGGCAGCGGGCCCGUGCUGCUGGACAACGUGGGCUGCGGCGGCGGCGAGGAGCGCCUGGCCGACUGCUUCCACCUGGGCUGGGGACAGCACAACUGCGGCCACCACGAGGACGCCGGGGUCAUCUGCCGAGGUGAGAGCGGGAGCCAGGGCAGGCGGGGCGGGCCCGGGCAGGGACUGCCUCACCCCCUGCCCUCCACAGGCUCCCUGCGCCUGGUGAACGGCAGCCACCGGUGCGAGGGGCGCGUGGAGAUGUUCUACCUGUCGCAGUGGGGCACGGUGUGCGACGACGCCUGGGACCUGCGGGACGCCAAGGUGGUGUGCAGGCAGCUGGGCUGCGGCCGCGCCGUGGCAGCCUGGGGGGAGGCACGCUACGGCCAAGGCACCGGCUACAUCUUCCUCGACAACCUCAAGUGCAAGGGCCACGAGCCCUCGCUGCUGCGCUGCUCCCACAUCCGCUGGGACGUCCACAACUGCGACCACUCCGAGGAUGCCGGCGCUGCCUGCGACACCCUAUGA